GCUGCUCACCUGGCUAUAGGUGUGUUCCUCAUCCCUUACAUUCUUAUCGCCCUCCUUGGCGGGAUUCCCAUCUUCUUCCUGGAAAUUUCUUUGGGGCAAUUCAUGAAGGCUGGAAGCAUCAAUGUAUGGAACAUCGCGCCACUUUUCAAAGGACUGGGAUUUGCUUCUAUGGUGAUCGUCUUCUAUUGCAACACUUACUACAUCAUGGUACUUGCCUGGGGCUUCUACUACCUGGUGAAGUCUUUUACAGCCACCCUGCCCUGGGCAACCUGCGGGAAUCCCUGGAACUCCCCAGAGUGUGUAGAGAUCUUCCGACAUGAAGACUGUGCCAAUGGCACUGCCAGCAGCAACCUUACCUGCGAUGAACUUUCGGACAAGCGGUCACCUGUCAUCGAGUUCUGGGAGAACAAGGUGUUGAAUCUGUCGGAAGGCCUGGAGUUCCCUGGGGCUAUCAACUGGGAAGUGACCCUUUGCCUCCUGUCUUGCUGGGUCCUCGUCUAUUUCUGUGUUUGGAAAGGCGUCAAAUCUGCGGGAAAGAUUGUCUACUUCACUGCUACAUUCCCUUAUGUGGUGCUCAUUAUCCUGUUUAUUCGAGGGGUGAUGCUGCCUGGAGCUCAGGACGGGAUUAUUUACUAUCUCAAACCCGACUGGUCCAAACUGGCUUCCCCUCAGGUGUGGAUCGAUGCUGGGACCCAAAUCUUUUUCUCGUAUGCCAUAGGAUUGGGGGCACUCACUGCCCUGGGCAGCUAUAACCGGUUCAACAACAAUUGUUAUAAAGAUGCCAUCAUUCUGGCACUGAUCAAUAGUGGGACCAGCUUCUUUUCUGGUUUUGUAGUCUUCUCCAUCCUGGGCUUCAUGGCUGCAGAACAGGGAGUUGAUAUCUCCAAAGUGGCAGAGUCUGGACCUGGGCUGGCUUUUAUUGCAUAUCCAAGAGCUGUCACUCUGAUGCCAGUUGCUCCUCUCUGGGCUGCCCUCUUUUUCUUCAUGCUGCUGCUUCUGGGCCUAGACAGCCAGUUCGUGGGUGUUGAAGGCUUUAUCACUGGGAUCCUGGACUUCUUCCCGUCCACCUACACCUUCCGAUUCCAGAGAGAGGUCAUCGUGGCCAUCUGCUGUGUGGUCUGCUUCUUCAUUGAGCUGUCCAUGGUGACAGAGGGGGGCAUGUAUGUCUUCCAGCUCUUCGAUUACUAUUCAGCGAGUGGCACAACACUACUGUGGCAGGCCUUCUGGGAGUGCGUGGUCAUCGCCUGGGUUUAUGGGGCUGACCGUUUCAUGGAUGACAUUGCCUGCAUGAUUGGGUACCGGCCCUUUCCUUGGAUGAAAUGGUGCUGGAUGGUCCUGACCCCUCUCAUCUGCCUGGGUAUCUUUCUUUUCAACAUCGCUUACUACAAGCCAUUGAUCUACAACAACAGCUACGUCUACCCCUGGUGGGGAGAAGCCAUUGGCUGGGGCUUUGCACUCUCUUCCAUGCUAUGUGUCCCACUUACCGCCCUCUACAAAUUCAUCCGUGCCAAGGGAACGCUGGCUGAGCGCUGGCACCAUCUCACCCAGCCGAUCUGGGGGUUGCAUCAUCUAGAGUACAAGGUGCCCGAAACAGAUGCUCUGACUACCCUCACCCCUGUCUUGGAUGGGGGUGCCAAAGUUGUCAUCUUGGAGAGCGUCAUGUGACCAACGCUCCCCCACUGCAAGAGGGGGCCCUUUCUCUGUGCCACUCUGCCCCAAUCUGCCAAUGCAGGAGGCGGGGGAAGGAUGCCAUCUCUGAAGUUGGGGGGAGUACUCCCUAUCUGUGGGGAAAAGGUAUUAGGGAUUCUUUAUCCAUUUCCACCUUUUCCUCUCAAGCACCAGAAUGGCUGAGAGGUGGAUUAACUAGUUCCCUCCUAUCUUUGAUUAGAGGGUGGGAGUACUAAAGGCCAUAGGGGUGGCGGGAGGGAAGGGGUUGGG